GCUGAGGAGAAAAUGGCUCGGACCUUGGCGGCUGUGGCGGUUCGGGUUGUGGUGGAGGCACAGGCUCAGGCAGCUUGAGGUCUUGAUAUUUUGGAAGCUACAAGGAAGAAGUAGAUUAGAGGAAGACAGACUUAGUCUUUUAAGUGGACAUGGCUCAGAUAUCCAGUAACAGCAGAUUUAAACAGUGUUCAUCCUCACAUCUGGAACCAACAAGAACAAAAGAUGUGAACAAAGAAGAGGCAUUACAGAUGGAGGCUGAGGCUUUAGCAAAACUGCAAAAGGAUAAAUAUGGGACUGAUAGUCAGAGAGGCUUUGAGUUGUCAAGCAGCACCAGACAGAAUGCACAAGUUCAUAACAAAGAGGAUUAUGACCUGAUGGUGUUUCCUGAAUCAGAAUCCAAAAAAAGAGCAGUAGAUAUUGAUGUUGAAAAGCUUACUCAAGCUGAACUUGAGAAGUUAUUGUUGGAUGACAGUUUUGAAACUAGAAAAACACCUGUAUUGCCAGUUACUCCUGUUCUGAGCCCUACAAUUUCAGCACAGUUCUGUCUUGGACCUACUACUCAGAGAGGACAGUGGCCACCUGGAAUAUCUGGGUCUCCCACUUAUACUUUACCUUCUACAUAUCCUUCAACUUACAGUAAACAGGUUGCAUUCCAGAAUGGCUUCAAUCCAAGGAUGCCUUCUUUUACAUCUACAGAACCCAUCUUUUUAAGUCUUCCGAGACAAUCUCCUUAUUUUUCCUAUCCUUUGACACCUGCCACACACUUUCAUCCACAAGGAAGCUUACCUAUCUAUCGUCCAGUAGUCAGUCCUGACAUGGCAAAACUAUUUGACAAAAUAGCUAGUACAUCAGAAUUUUUAAAAAAUGGAAAAGCGAGGACUGAUUUGGAAAUAACUAAUUCAAAAGCUACAGUCAGCAAUCUACAGCUUUCUCCAAAAUCUGAAGAUAUCAGUAAAUUUGACUGGUUAGACUUGGAUCCUCUAAGUAAGCCUAAGAUGGACAAUAUAGAGGUAUUGGACCAUGAAGAAGAGAAAACUGUUCCAGGUUUGCCAGCAGAGGAUCCCUGGGAUGCUGUUCUUCUUGCAGAGAGUUCACUAGCAAGUUGUCAUCUUGAAAGAAAGGUGAAUGGAAAAUCCCUUUCUGGAGCAACUGUUAUAAGAAGCCAGUCUUUAAAUAUUCGGACAACUCAACUUAUAAAAACCCAGGGCCAAGUAUCUCAGAAAGAUUCAAAUGGGACCAGUAGUUUGCCAACUGGAAGUUCUCUUAUGCAAGAAAUUGAAGUACAGAAUGAGGAGGUGGCAGCUUUUUGUCAAUCAAUUACCAAAUUGAGGACCAACUUUCCAUAUACCCACCACCACACAAAUCCAGGUUACAUGCUAAGUCCAGUUACAGUACAAAGAAACAUAUGCGGAGAAAAUGCAAGCGUGAAGGUCUCCAUUGAUAUCGAAGGAUUCCAACUACCAGUUACUUUUACAUGCGAUGUGAGUUCUACUGUAGAAAUCAUUAUAAUGCAAGCCCUUUGCUGGGUACAUGAUGACUUGAAUCAAGUAGAUGUUGGCAGCUAUGUUCUGAAAGUUUGCGGUCAAGAGGAAGUGCUGCAGAAUGAUUAUUGCCUUGGAAGUCACGAAUACAUUCAAAACUGUCGAAAAUGGGACACAGAGAUUAAACUACAACUCUUGACCUUCAGUGCAGUGUGCCAAAAUUUGGCCCGAACAGCAGAAGAUGAUGAAACACCUGUGGAUUUAAACAAACACCUGAAUCAAAUAGAAAAGCCUUAUAAAGAAGUCAUGACAAGACAUCCUGUUGAAGAACUCUUAGAUUCUUAUCACAACCAAGUAGAACUGGCUCUUCGUGUUGAAAACCAGCACCGAGCAGUAGAUCAAGUAAUUAAAGCUGUAAGAAAAAUCUGUAGUGCUUUAGAUGGAGUGGAAACUCUUGCCAUUACAGAAUCUGUAAAGAAGCUACGGAGAACAGUUAAUCUUCCAAAGAGUAAAAGUUCUGAUGUGAAUUCGUUGUCUGGAGGAGACACUAGCAAGAGUUCAUCUAGGGGCUCACUGCAUCCUGAAAGUCCUAUUCAAGUAAGCAUGGACCAAUUAUCUGAAGCAGUUUAUGAUCUUCUCAGACUGCAUGCAAAUUCAGAUACAAGUCCUGCUGAUCAUGCCCAAAGUAGCAGGAGUAUCAAGGAAGCAUGGACCACAACAGAACAACUUCAGUUUUCUAUUUUUGCUGCACAUGGAAUUUCAAGUAACUGGGUAUCCAAUUAUGAAAAGUACUACUUGAUAUGUUCCCUGUCUCAUAAUGGAAAGGAUCUUUUUAAACCUAUUCAAUCAAAGAAGGUUGGCACUUAUAAGAAUUUCUUCUAUCUUAUUAAAUGGGAUGAACUAAUCCUUUUUCCCAUCCAGAUAUCACAGUUGCCACUAGAAUCACUUCUUCACCUUACACUCUUUGGGAUUUUGAAUCAGAGCAGUGGAAGUUCGCCUGAUUCUAAUAAGCAAAGAAAGGGGCCGGAAACUUUGGGCAAAGUUUCCUUACCUCUUUUUGACUUUAAACGGUUUUUAACAUGUGGAACUAAGCUACUGUAUCUUUGGACAUCAUCACAUACAAAUACUACUCCUGGAACAGUACCCAAAAAAGGGUAUGUGAUGGAAAGAAUAGUGCUACAGGUUGAUUUUCCUUCUCCUCCAUUUGAUAUCCUUUAUUCAACUCCUCAAGUUGACAGAAGCCUUAUACAACAGCAACAUUUAGAAACGUUGGAAAAUGAUAUUAAACGGAAACUUGUUGACAUUCUUCACAGAGACUCCUCAUUUGGACUUUCUAAAGAAGAUAAAGCCUUUUUAUGGGAGAAACGUUAUUAUUGUCUCAAACACCCAAAUUGUCUUCCUAAAAUACUGGCAAGUGCCCCAAACUGGAAAUGGGCUAAUCUUGACAAAACUUAUUCAUUGCUUCAACAGUGGCCUCCAUUGGACCCACUGACUGCUUUAGAACUUCUUGAUUCGAAAUUUGCUGAUCAGGAAGUGAGGUCCCUAGCUGUGACCUGGAUUGAGGCCAUUAGUGAUGAUGAACUAACAGAUCUUCUUCCACAGUUUGUACAGGCUUUGAAAUAUGAAAUUUACUUGAACAGCUCAUUAGUACGCUUCCUUCUGUCCAGGGCAUUGGGAAAUAUCCAGAUAGCACACAAUUUAUAUUGGCUCCUGAAGGAUGCACUGCACGAUGCACAGUUUGGUGCCCGGUAUGAACAUGUUUUGGGUGCUCUCCUUUCCUUGGGAGGAAAAGGCCUCAGAGAAGAACUUUUAAAGCAGACAAGACUCGUACAGCUUUUAGGAGGUGUAGCAGAAAAAGUAAGGCAGGCUAGUGGAUCAGCCAGACAGGUUGUCCUCCAAAGGAGUAUGGAGCGAGUGCAGUCCUUUUUUCUAAGGAAUAAAUGUCGUCUCCCUCUCAAUCCAAGUCUUGUUGCAAAAGAAUUAAAUAUUAAGUCUUGCUCCUUCUUCAAUUCUAAUGCUGUGCCCCUGAAAGUCACAAUGGUGAAUGAUGAUCCAAUGGGGGAUGAAAUUAAUGUCAUGUUUAAGGUUGGUGAAGAUUUACGGCAAGAUAUGCUAGCUUUACAGAUGAUAAAGAUUAUGGAUAAGAUCUGGCUUAAGGAAGGAUUGGAUUUGAGGAUGGUCAUAUUCAAAUGUCUCUCAACUGGCCGAGAUCGAGGCCUGGUGGAACUAGUUCCUUCUUCAGAUACCCUUAGGAAAAUCCAAGUGGAAUAUGGUGUGACAGGAUCCUUUAAAGAUAAACCACUUGCAGACUGGCUGAGGAAAUAUAAUCCCUCUGAAGAAGAAUAUGAAAAGGCGUCUGAAAACUUUAUUUAUUCAUGUGCUGGGUGCUGCGUAGCCACCUAUGUGUUAGGCAUCUGUGAUCGGCACAAUGAUAACAUAAUGCUUCGAAAUACAGGACACAUGUUUCACAUUGACUUUGGAAAGUUUUUGGGCCACGCACAGAUGUUUGGUAGCUUCAAAAGGGAUCGGGCUCCUUUUGUGCUGACCUCUGAUAUGGCGUAUGUCAUUAAUGGAGGUGAAAGGCCCACCAUUCGUUUCCAGUUGUUUGUGGACCUCUGCUGUCAGGCCUACAACUUGAUCAGAAAGCAGGCAAACCUCUUUCUUAACCUCCUUUCACUGAUGAUUCCCUCUGGGUUACCAGAACUCACAAGUGUUCAAGAUUUGAAAUAUGUUAGAGAUGCACUUCAACCCCAGACUACAGAUGCAGAAGCUACCAUUUUCUUUACCAGGCUGAUUGAAUCAAGUUUGGGGAGCAUUGCCACAAAGUUUAACUUCUUCAUUCACAACCUUGCUCAGCUGCGUUUUUCUGGUCUUCCUUCAAAUGAUGAGCCCAUCCUGUCAUUUUCACCUAAAAGUUACUCCUUCAGACAAGAUGGUCACAUCAAGGAAGUCUCUGUUUUCACCUAUCACAAGAAAUACAACCCAGAUAAACAUUACAUUUACGUAGUUCGACUUUUGAGAGAAGGACAGCUUGAACCAUCAUUUGUCUUCCGGACUUUUGACGAGUUUCAAGAACUUCACAAUAAGCUGAGUAUUAUUUUUCCACUUUGGAAGUUACCAGGGUUUCCUAAUAAAAUGGUUCUAGGAAGGACACACAUAAAAGAUGUAGCAGCCAAGAGGAAAAUUGAGUUAAACAGCUAUUUGCAGAGCUUGAUGAGUGCUUCAACUGAUGUAGCAGAGUGUGAUCUUGUUUGUACUUUCUUCCAUCCUUUACUUCGUGAUGAGAAAGCUGAAGGAGUAGCUAGGUCCGCAGUUGCAGGUGCUUUCAGUCCUACUCCAGGCCAGAUAGGAGGAGCAGUGAAAUUAUCUGUCUCUUACAGAAAUGGUACUCUUUUCAUCAUGGUGAUGCACAUCAAAGAUCUUGUUACUGAGGAUGGAGCUGACCCAAAUCCAUAUGUCAAAACGUACCUACUUCCAGAUACCCACAAAACAUCCAAACGUAAAACAAAAGUGUCACGAAAAACUAGAAAUCCAACAUUCAAUGAAAUGCUUGUGUACAAUGGAUACAGCAAAGAAACCCUAAAACAGAGAGAACUUCAACUAAGUGUACUCAGUGCAGAAUCCCUGCGGGAGAAUUUUUUCUUGGGUGGAGUAACUCUGCCUCUUAAAGAUUUCAACUUGAGUAAAGAGACGGUUAAGUGGUAUCAGCUGACUGCAGCAACCUAUUUGUAAGCUAGUGAAUUUCUGAGUUUUGGAAGCAAAAACCAUUAUUAUAAAUGUG